AUGUCGACCACCACGGUCAAUGGCGGCGACCCUGCAAAGUCCAUCCAUCAAAAUGGUCCCAAGGCAGCGUUCAAGGGCAACGUGGUGACCGGAAAGACCCUGGACAACUCUCGCAAGCAAGCAAGCCCACAACCGGACACCCAGAACAGAAAACCCUGGCAAGGUCCUCACCCUUUUGCGCAGCGGAAUACAAAUGGCAACGCGAGCAACGAUAGGGCUGCUGCAAAACCCGUACAACCCUCGUCAAAUACAAAAGCCUCAACCGAAUCACAACCAAACAAGCAUGCACACGAUCGCUCGAUCUUUCUCUUCGCCAACCUAGUCGGACGAGAUGUCAAACUCGCCUACAAGUCCGGCGAAGUCUUCUCGGGAGUCUUCAGCGGAUUCGCUCAGGAUGCUUCCAACACGGCUCAAUACCGGUUGAAGAUGGUCAGACGAGAACGCACUGCCACCCAGCAGUCUACCCCUCAGUCAGAGUACAUCGGCGAUGGCGAGGAGCAUUCCAUGGCAUUUGAUGUGCAGGACACCUUGUCAUUGUCCGCUCAGGACGUCCCGCUCGGAACCAGCACGUCACAACAAAAUGGAGCACGCGGCGGCUCAUUCCUUACCGACACCCAAAUAUCCGGCCGGGAAGGAGCUAGAUCAGGGGAGCGAGAACUGCAACGAUGGGAGCCAGGUCCAGAAUCACUUGCAGACAUGUCAUUAGGUGAUUCCGGUGAGACGGGCUGGGAUCAAUUCGCGGCGAAUGAGAAGAGCUUUGGUGUCAGAUCAGAUUAUGACGAAUCCAUUUACACCACCGCUAUCAACCGCAACAACCCAGACUACCGACGACGCCAAGCAGAGGCCGAUCGCAUUGCGAGAGAAAUUGAAGGCUCGGCACCUGCCAAUGCCCAUGUGGCAGAAGAGAGGAGAGCCGAGGCCCGGCAGGACGAUGCAGGUGAUGAAGAGGACAAAUACUCUGGUGUCCGACGCGAAUCGGUUCCAUUGCCUAAACGCGCGGCUGGAGCUUACGUUCCUCCCUCCCAGCGCGCCAUCUCCAACAUGCCGACGGUGGCCGGUGCUCCUUUCGAUCCGGCGAUCAUAUCUAGUCACAUUUCGAAGCCGAAGCCUCAGCCUGCAACGCUCCCGCGGGAAGCACCGGUGCCAAUCCCAGAGAAAGCCGUCGCUGCUGCGAAUGAGCCGCAAGCAGCUCCAAGCCAGCCAUCACAGCACACCACAGCUGCGGGCGCGGCCGAAUUCAAGAAUGGUGAGCCGCUUGCGUCUUCCGGCACCGAAUCGGUCGCCAAAGAGCGACAGCCUACGGCUACCGGAAACUUGGCUCGUGACACAGCCGAUGCGUUCAAACAGUUUGCAAACGAGGAGAAGCUGCGCAUGCGACAACAAACCGAAGCGAAGAAAAUGCAGGGCCGUGCCGAGAAGAAUGUCAAGCUCAACGAUCUCAAAAAAUUCGCCGCAAACUUCAAAUUGAAGUCGCGCGUGCCCGACGACCUUGUGCCAAUUCUCGCCAAAGACCGCGAAAAGCAGUUGGAGAUACAGAGCAAGGCCGAGGAGGCCGCGAAGGAAGAAGAGUUGCGUGCGAAGGAGAAGGGAAGCGAGAAGGCAUCUCCCUCUCCUGCAGCUACAAGCAUCCCAGCUGGAGCAGGAGCCAAGGGUCCCAUCGUCGACCCUCGUUCGUUCGGUCAACAUCCGCGCGCACGUGCCUCGCAACAAGGUCGCGGUGGCGCCAUGAUCACAGGACAAGGUCAAUCACCACGUGCGCCGCUCAGCACACGCAUCCAAGGCAACAAUCAGUAUUACCAACAGCAGCAGCAGCAGCAGCAAUCCUCACAGCGACAGCCAGGAGACAUGCGCAUGCCUAGCGUGUCCUCAGCUACGGGUGAUUCAUUGAACCCAAAUGCAAACCAACGGCUCAACGUCAAUGCCAAGGCGUUCGAAUUCCGACCCGGCGCAUCCGCCUUUGCGCCUUCGGGGACAUCUCCGAGCCCUCAGCGGAUUUCCCGUCAGACCACACCACACAUCCCAUUCUUCGAUGAGGAGGCCAAGAAGACUCCGUGCAAGACGGCCAGCUUUGAUACUAUUGAACGCUUGAGCAAAGCGGAUUAUGCUGACCACCAAAAGAAGCAAUUCGCCUCGAAUGGUGGGUUCCCGCAAUCGUACACCACGCCACCUACGUGGGCCACGAUCAAGGCCAACGACGGUGUCUCAUACCUUGCCGCGUUUCAGAAGUCACAAGCCUCUGGCCCGGGAGGCAACAUGCACGCCUCUCACGGCCAAGGCCAAAUGCCACCAAACGGACCGCAAGCUCUUCCUAUGCAUAUGGGAGGGCCGGGUGGACGGCAGAUGUACCCGCAACAAAUGGGCCAUCCCGGCCAGUACAACCAUUUCCAGCAGCAGUUCGGCCCACACGGGCCCGUACAGAAUUCUCCACGUCAACAGCCUAUUGCGGUCGCUCCCUUCAACGGGCAAAUGGCCCAAAUGCCAUUUCCACAGCAGCCGAUGCCCGGAUAUGGUAUGAGUCCAUCUAUGCCAUAUCGACAAUUGCAGCCCACGCCGAUGAUGAUGAUGCCAGGUCAGCAACAAGGUCAAAUGAAUGGACCUAUGCGUCCCGGCUACCCACCAGUGCAGCAAUAUUCAGGCGGACCUCAGAUGGGCGGUCACAUGAUGGUGCAACAGCCGUCUUCGGGCGGCUACUCGUCUAACGGACCUCCAUCAGGCUUCUCUCCGAUGCCCCCGCACGCUCAACCUCACAUGUCAAACCAUCAUCUCGGCCAACACCAGAAUGGCUUCUCCGGCAGCCCCCGUCCGCCCAUGAUGCAACACCAAGGUUCGCACCAGGGCUUCUCGGUCAUGCCUCCACAGCAGCAACAGAUGCCCUAUGGCUCCCAAGGCCCGCCGCCGCCGCAGGGAAUGCAUGGGUAUCAUAUGGGCCAUCGCACCAUGUCGAACAAUGGCUACCCUCCACAAGGGCAGCACCAAGGUCCACCCAUGGGAACCCCUCGAUCGCAUAACGCCAUGCCUUAUCACCAGAGCCCAGCCGCUCCAUCGGUUGGCAUGCCGAACAACGUUCCUGCGCCACAAGGAGAGGACGGAAAAUGA